UUUAAUUGAGAAUGCACGAUGACGCAGCGAAUUUAUCCGUUGUCCGCAAGCCCUCGCGAAGGCUCACUGGAUAUCCAAAUGGAAACGUUCAAAUCAAAUCACUCCCCCCACCGGGAAAAGAUCCUCUCGAGGUACACACAACGAGACAAGGAGAGGGAUAAAUACGAAGCCGAAUAUAUGCUACAGGAAAAUGGCAAAGCAAUGGAAUUCGUGUCACCGCAAACGAAGGAGAAGGAUAAGUCAGCCUCACAGAAGUCAUCGCUACCACCCGUGCCUUACUAUAAACUCUUUCGAUUUGCAACAUGCGGCGAGUUGACGCUGAUCGUCUUAGGAUUAAUACUGGGCUGCUUAGUAGGACUGUGUGUCCCAGUCGCUACGAUUCAAUAUGGCGAAUUCAGUACGCUAUUAGUGGAUCGAAAUACGGAGGAUCACGUGACCUCACCAACCAUCAUGAUGCCAUGGUUCGGAGGUGGGAGAAUUUUACCAGUUAAUGCAAGUCACGAAGAGAAGAUGGAUGCUUUGUAUGACGAUUCGAUUGCUUACGGCGUGUCUUGCGCGGCGUUAGCGGCGAUUCAAUUCGUCCUUGGCAUACUGAUGGUCGAUUUGCUCAAUAUCGCCGCCUCGAGACAGAUCUCCAAGGUGCGCAAGAUGUUCUUGAAAGCCGUUCUUAGACAGGAUAUGUCAUGGUACGACACGAAUACGUCGACCAACUUCGCCAGCAGGAUUACCGAGGAUUUAGACAAGAUGAAGGAGGGAAUAGGGGAGAAGCUCGGCAUUUUCACGUAUUUGACGACCUCGUUCGUUUCUUCCAUCAUCAUCUCAUUCGUGUACGGUUGGAAAUUAACCCUGGUCGUACUGAGCUGCGCACCGAUCAUAAUAAUCGCUACCGCUGUAGUCGCCAAGGUGCAAAGUUCUCUGUCGGCCUUGGAACUGGCGGCCUACGGUCAAGCCGGUAGCGUGGCCGAAGAAGUUCUCGCCUCCAUAAGGACCGUCGUGGCGUUCAAUGGCGAAAAAAAAGAGAUAGAGAGAUACUCGGAGAAACUGGUACCCGCGGAGAGAACUGGCAUUAAAAGGAGCAUGUGGUCCGGAAUCGGCGGCGGAGUUAUGUGGCUCAUCAUAUACCUCAGCUACGCGUUGGCAUUCUGGUACGGCGUGCAAUUAAUCUUGGACGAUCGCCCGAAGGAGGUGAAGGAAUACACGCCGGCGGUAUUAGUGAUCGUGUUCUUCGGCGUACUUUCCGGGGCGCAAAACAUGGGCCUGACUUCGCCGCAUCUCGAGGCGUUCGCGGUGGCGAGAGGAUCCGCGGCCGCGAUCUUCCAAGUUCUCGAUCGCGUGCCGACGAUAGAUAGUCUGAGCAAGGAGGGCCGACGACUCGAGUCUGUCAACGGUGAUAUCGAAUUCAGGAACAUCGUGUUCCGUUAUCCGGCGCGUAAGGACGUUCAAGUAUUACGGGGGCUGAAUCUGAAGAUCAAUCGCGGCGAGACGGUGGCGCUCGUCGGCGGAUCUGGAUGCGGCAAAUCCACCUGUCUCCAACUCAUUCAACGUCUUUACGAUCCGCUUGGUGGGCAGGUGCUUCUGGACGAAGCCGACGUGUCAACGUUGAAUGUUCAAUGGUUGCGUUCGCACAUCGGCGUGGUCGGUCAGGAGCCGGUGCUCUUUGACACGACGAUACGGGAGAAUAUCCGCUACGGAAAUGACAGCAUUACCGAGGAGGAGAUGAUCAAAGCCGCGAAGGAAGCGAACGCCCACGACUUCAUCAGUAAACUGCCGGAGGGAUACGAUAGUCCAGUGGGCGAGAGAGGCUCUCAAUUAUCUGGCGGACAAAAGCAAAGAAUCGCUAUCGCACGUGCGUUAGUGAGAAAUCCGGCAAUUCUUUUACUGGACGAGGCAACAUCCGCUUUGGAUGUUCACAGCGAGGCGACCGUGCAAAGAGCUCUCGACACUGCUGCGAAGGGAAGGACGACGAUUAUAGUCAGCCACAGACUUUCCACGAUCACGAAUGUCGAUAGGAUCGUAUUUAUUAAGGACGGGGUCGUCGUCGAGCAAGGUACCCACGAAGAAUUAAUCGCGCUCAAAGAACAUUACUACGGAUUGCAUUCCACCCAUGCAGAUGCUCGAGCUAAAGAUAAGGCCACGAAAGCUGCCGCCAAGGCCGCGGUAACAAGCCCGAAGAUGAAGACGAAGCCGCCGCUGAAUAAGCAGUUUUCAACCAUGUCUUUGCAUUCUCAUCGAUUAUCCCUCGCAAGAUCCGAAUCCUCACAAGAGGAACUUGAAGAGCAUGAGAAACCUUAUGAUGCGCCAUUAACGAGGAUAUUUGCGCUUAACAAACCGGAAUGGCUACAUAAUCUAAUUGGAUGUCUCGCGGCGGCGACGGUAGGAGCAUCCUUCCCGGCCUUUGCCGUGUUGUUCGGUGAAGUAUACUACGUGCUAAGUCUCCAAGAUCCGUAUGACAUCACUAGGAGGACCAUCAAUUUCUCGAUAUUAUUCAUCAUCGUCGGUGUACUGACGGGUAUCGGCACCUUCCUGCAGAUGUACAUGUUCGGCUUGGCCGGCGUGCGUUUGACCACGCGGAUAAGGAGGAUGGCGUUCACCGCGAUACUCAAGCAAGACAUGGGCUGGUACGACGAGGAUACGAAUAGCGUGGGUGCACUUUGCGCGAGAUUGUCGUCUGACGCCGGCGCUGUUCAGGGCGCGACCGGAACUCGCGUCGGGGCCAUGCUACAAGCCUUCUCGACCCUCGUCAUCGGAAUCGGAUUGUCCAUGUAUUACACGUGGAAGAUGACGUUGGUCUCGGUGGUAUCGAUUCCUCUGGUGCUUGGCGCGGUCUUCUUCGAGGCGAGAGUGAUGGGCGGCCAGGGUAUGCAGGAGAAGAAGAAAAUGGAAGCGGCUACGCGAAUCGCCGUAGAGGCGAUAAGCAACAUCCGCACGGUUGCCAGCCUUAACAAGGAGGAGCGCUUCUUCAACAGAUACUGCGUGGAACUGGACCAUGUCGCCAAAGCGACCAGAACCGGAAGUAGAUUGAGAGGCGUCGUGUUCUCGUGCGGACAAACCGCACCCUUCUUCGGGUACGCCAUCAGUCUUUAUUACGGCGGUUACUUGGUGGCCAGGGAAGGGCUCAGCUAUGAGAAGGUCAUCAAGGUUUCGGAAGCGUUGAUCUUCGGCUCGUGGAUGCUGGGCCAGGCGCUCGCCUGGGCGCCCAAUUUCAACACGGCCAAACUUUCAGCCGGCAGAAUCUUUCGGCUGCUCGAUAGAGUGCCGGAAAUCAGUUCGCCACCGGAAUCGGAGGGGAAGGAUCUGGAUUGGAAGGCAGACGGUUUCAUUCAAUUCUCGAAAGUCGACUUUCAUUAUCCGACGCGACCAGAGAUAUCGGUGCUCAAAGGACUGAAUUUAAUUGUAAAGUCGGGACAGAUGGUGGCUCUCGUGGGUCAGAGUGGUUGCGGAAAGUCCACUUGCAUUCAGUUGUUGCAGCGGCUCUACGAUCCGCUCGCCGGCAAUGUGACGCUAGACCGGCGUGACAUCGCGUCGGUCUCGCUGACCACGCUCAGGUCGCAGCUAGGCGUCGUGGGACAGGAACCGGUGCUCUUCGAUAGAACGAUAGCGGAGAAUAUUGCCUAUGGCGAUAAUAGUCGACAGGCGACUAUGGAUGAGAUCAUCGAGGCCGCCAAGAUGUCCAACAUCCACAGUUUCGUGACUUCGCUACCGUUGGGUUACGACACGAGAUUGGGAACGAAAGGUACUCAACUUAGUGGCGGGCAGAAACAAAGAAUAGCGAUAGCACGUGCACUACUAAGAAAUCCUCGAAUUUUGCUAUUAGAUGAAGCAACUUCAGCCCUCGAUACUCAAAGUGAGCAGGUCGUACAAGCGGCCCUGGACAAAGCCAUGCAGGGCAGAACGUGCAUCACCAUCGCCCACCGUCUGGCCACCAUAAGAAACGCCGACGUGAUCUGCGUGCUGGACCGGGGCACCGUGGCCGAAAUGGGCACCCACGACGAUCUGAUGUUGGCCGGUGGCCUCUACGCACACUUGCACACUAUCCAGGAAACCUCCAUACAGUAGAGGGGUUAGAUUAUUGCUUUUUCCUUCCAUCACGAGCGAUUCCCUCGUUGAUGGUACAUCGUGUUCCAUUCGGAGACGGGAGAUAAUUCAGUCGAGCGAGCGGAAAGCGGAAGAAAGCGUGAGUCCGCAUAGCGGAAUUCUCGAACGGUCGCCGGCGCUAUCGCCGGAAGAAUCGACGAAACAUUAAGAAAUAUCAUUAGCGAUAGCUAGACAUUCAAGAAGAUGAAUGCACCAGUAGAGAAGAAGCAGAUUUACUCUAGCGGAGUGUGUUAACGCGGCUCAUCCGCCGUGUUUACAGCUGAUCCGUCCUGCGACGAAAACAUACGAGUCGAGUAUUUAUUUUUAACGAAGACUUUACUUUAAACCGAAAUUCGGAAUUUUACUUCUGUUCCAGUCUUUGCGUCGGAUCUGUCUUAAAUUAAUUUCUCUAACUAGUGAUACGUGGGGUUUGAAUGAUCCUAUCGAAUUGUCACGAUAGUUUCCCCCAUUCAUCCUCCAUUCAUGCAUUUACAGAUACACAAAAACGAAAGUACGAGUAGAUUACGGUAAUAAUAUCAAAAAUUCUUCACGAAUGUGAAAUUUGUAUUUACAAAUUUUGCUAAAUAUUUCAUGUGAUUUGUACCAGAACAAUUCUCGCCAAUUUCAUCUCUUUCUCUCUCCAUUUUUAUAUCUAUCAUUCUUAUUCAUAUUUAUCGCUUCUUCUCUCCUCCCCCAAUCUUGUAAAAAAGAUUUACAGCUAAAUAGAGUAAAGUGCUUCUUUAUGGAGAUAGUACGUACUGCUUCUUUUGGCGGUCGCGUUACUUCGUUAGGUAUCGUACUUUGCGCAUCUACGUAACGAUAUAUCUUUUUAGACGGCGAAACGAGGCAUUAUCCAUAAUGGCAGGCGACGUAAUCAACUUUACCAUUUCUGCGCCCCGUCGUCAUUCGUAUGCGUCAACUUUUUUCCGUAGCGUUUUCUCAGGUGAUAAUAUUUCUCGCGCGUAUAUGUACAUACACAUACAUACGCACGCACAUUAGACGAAAUUAUCAUAUUUCGUGAUGAGAGCUGGUAAAUUUGACUAUCUUUCUCCCGGAUUAAAAAAAAAAA